AUGCAGAGAAAUCCGGCGUCACGCUCAACCCGAGGGAAGAACCCGCCGAAGGAAAAAACCAAAAAGAAGGCAACAGAGGCGGCGAGUUCGACUCCCGCGGCCGAGAAAACACCCACGCCGCCACCGGAAGAAAACCCCACUCCGCCCGAAGUUCCACCACAACCCGUGCCGACCGAAGUUCAACCACAACAGGACAUCGGCCAAGACCGCCCCGCCGCCGAAAUUAUCCCCACCGAGGCAAAAUCCGACGACGAAGAUCUAGACGAAGAGGAGGUCAUACAAGAAUUCAUGAAGAAAUAUGGAAAGAAGCCGAAGGCGAGCAAGUUCUUCGCCAAGAUGUCGGAGGCAUGCCGGAAACAAGAGGAGAGACGAACCCUCCACACACUAUUCCUCAAACUGAAACUGAGCCCACAUGCCGAACCCUCUGUAAAUAUAGAAGAAACUGAUGCUGAGGAGGGUGAUAGGAUGGAUAUGGAGGAAUCAAAGAGAGAGGAGGGAGGGGGUAGUCUAGGUGAGCAAGAAGAAACAUCGGAUGUAGAGGCCGCUAGGUCAGGGGACGAAGGGGAAAAAGAGGAGGGUAUAGAUGGUGGGGAGAAUGAUGGAACAAAGGAAGUCAAUCAAGAAGAAACUGGGGAUGUAAGUGAGUCAGAGGGGCAGGAUGUAGAGGAAACUGUGGAUGGUAGGCAGGGUAGUGAGGGCAGCGUAGGUGAAGAAGGUGAAGCAAUUGAUGACGAGAAGGUUGAAAAAGAUGGUGGGGAAGUCGACGAGGAGGUUGCUGAGAAGGAGAUAGAGGAAAGAAAGGAAGUUCAUGAGGAGGACGUUGAGAAGGAAGAGGAACGAGACGGCAGUGGAAAAGAUGCCGAGAAAGAGUGUGAAGAGAUAGAGACUGGCAUCGUCAUGGUAGACGAUAUAACUACCGAUGACCAAGGGACCCCAACUGAUGAGAGGCUGACUAGGAGGCAAUCCCGUUGUAAUAGGAAGCAAGAGGAUGAGGCAGAGGCAGGCAGGCCCAAGCGCCUGAGGCUGGAGGACACAGAGGAGGCAGGGGAUGAUAUCCCCUUGGUCUAG